CUCGUAAAGGGUCGGGGAGUUUCGGAGACACACAGCAAUGUUUGGAGUAGCAACGGUGGCGCGAGGGCUCCUGUAGGUGGCUCGUGCCUCACGCCCAGCAGCUGUAGCAGGAGUGUGCAUUGCUUGGAAGGAUUAAAGGAGAAAAAAUGUUUUCCUUGAAGGAUGCUGUGAUGGGUGCCUCCACUUUCUUUGCUUCAGCUCUGCCACACGAUGUCUGUGGAAGCAAUGGUCUUCCUCUGACACCAAACUCCAUUAAAAUUUUGGGCCGUUUUCAAAUCCUUAAGACAAUCACCCAUCCCAGACUUUGUCAGUAUGUGGACAUUUCUAGAGGAAAGCAUGAGAGGCUGGUGGUGACUGCUGAACACUGUGAAAAGAGUCUGGAAGAUUUGCUGCGAGAGAGGAAACCUGUGAGCUUUUCAAGGAUUUUACGCAUAGCAUUUGAGGUAUUGCAGGGUUUGCAAUAUAUGAACAAACAUGGAAUGGUCCACCGAGCACUCUCCCCUCACAAUAUCCUCCUGGAUCGAGAGGGACAUAUUAAAUUGGCUAAGUUUGGACUAUACCACAUGACAGCUCAUGGUGUUGAUGUUGAUUUUCCUAUAGGGUACCCAUCAUACCUGGCACCUGAAGUAAUUGCACAGGGAUUUGUCAAACCUAGUGAUCACACUCAGUGUGAGAAGCUGCUGCCCUCUGGCCCUAAAUCAGAUGUGUGGUCUCUUGGUAUUAUUUUAUUUGAGCUUUGUGUGGGUAGAAAACUGUUCCAGAGCUUGGAUAUAGCUGAAAAACUAAAACUUCUGCUUACAUUAGGCUGUGUGGAUGACAUUGUAACCGUAUUAGCUGAAGAACAUGGUUGUCUGGACAUUAUUAAGGAACUUCCUGAAAAUGCCAUAGCUCUGCUGAAGAAAUUCCUUACAUUUCAACCUUCCAAAAGGCCAACUCCAGACCAGUUACUGUGUGACAAUGUGUUCAGUGAAGUGGCCUCUGUAUACCCACCCUUCCACAAACCUGCCAGUCUGUUCUCCUCCUCUCUGAGAUGUGCUAAUUUAACUCUUCCAGAGGACAUCACUCAGCUGUGUAAAGAUGAAGACUGUGAUUACCUAGCAGAAAGAUCGAUUGAAGAGGUGUAUUAUCUCUGGUGUUUGGCUGGAGGAGACUUGGAGAAAGAACUUGUUAACAAGGAAAUCAUUCGAUCAAAACCACCCAUCUGCACGCUUCCCAAUUUUUUGUUUGAAGAUGGUGAGAGCUUUGGGCAAGGACGAGAUAGAAGUUCCCUCCUAGAUGACACAACUGUGAUACUGUCGCUGUGUCAGCUCAGAAAUAGACUGAAAGAUGUUGGUGGGGAAGCAUUUUAUCCAUUGCUUGAGGAUGAGCAGUCAAAUUUACCCCAUUCAAACAGUAAUAAUGAGCUAUCUGCAGCGGCCAAUCUUCCUCUGAUCAUCCGAGAGAGGGACACAGAGUACCAGCUACACAGAAUUGUUCUGUUUGACAGGCUACUGAAGGCUUAUCCAUACAAAAAAAAUCAAGUCUGGAAGGAAGCCAGAGUUGACAUUCCUCCACUUAUGAGAGGUUUAACCUGGGCUGCCCUGCUGGGGGUUGAGGGUGCCAUUCAAACAAAAUAUGAUGCCAUUGAUAAGGACACUCCAAUUCCUACAGAUAGACAAAUUGAGGUUGAUAUUCCUCGCUGUCAUCAGUACGAUGAGCUGCUGUCAUCGCCAGAGGGUCAUGCAAAGUUUAGACGGGUAUUGAAGGCCUGGGUAGUUUCCCAUCCUGAUCUUGUGUACUGGCAAGGUCUUGAUUCACUUUGUGCACCAUUUCUGUACUUGAAUUUUAACAAUGAAGCUCUUGCCUAUGCCUGCAUGUCUGCUUUUAUUCCCAAGUACCUGUAUAACUUCUUUUUGAAGGAUAAUUCUCAUGUCAUUCAAGAAUACCUGACAGUGUUCUCCCAGAUGAUUGCAUUCCAUGACCCAGAGCUGAGUAACCAUCUCAAUGAAAUUGGCUUUAUUCCAGAUCUGUAUGCUAUUCCUUGGUUUCUCACUAUGUUUACACAUGUCUUUCCACUGCACAAGAUUUUUCAUCUGUGGGAUACAUUACUGCUUGGCAAUUCUUCCUUCCCAUUCUGUAUUGGAGUGGCUAUUCUGCAGCAACUGCGGGACCGGCUUCUGGCUAAUGGAUUCAAUGAAUGCAUUUUGCUCUUUUCAGAUUUACCAGAAAUCGACAUUGAACGUUGCGUCCGUGAGUCAGUCAACCUUUUUUGCUGGACCCCUAAGAGUGCAACAUACAGGCAACAUGCACAGCCUCCAAAGCAAGCCAGUGACGGCAAUGGCUCAAGAGGUUCAAUGUCCUGCUUCACAGCAGAUUAUCAGGAUGCACCUAAAAGUGACCUGUCUAGGGACUCUAUCCAGUUGAAUGACCUGAAGGCGGAAGUGUCGCCACGGAUUUCAGCAGAAGAUCUGAUUGACUUGUGUGAGCUGACGGGACCUAGUCACUUCAAAACGCCUACAAAGAAAACCAAAUCUAGCAAGCCAAAACUGCUUGUAGUUGACAUCCGUAAUAGCGAAGACUUUAAUCGUGGCCACAUUUCAGGCAGCAUCAACAUUCCAUUUGGCUCAGCAUUCACCACGGAAGGAGAGCUCGUCCAGUGCCCUGCUACUGCCACGCUCCAGAGCUUCAAAGGAAGAGUUGUUGUGAUUGUAGGACAUGUGGUGAAGAACACGGCUUCUUUUGCAGCUCAUCUAGUGCAAAUCAAAUAUCCAAGAGUCUGCAUUCUGGAUGGAGGCAUAAACAAGAUCAAGCCAACUGGUCUUCUGACAGUUCCUUCUCCACAGAUAUAA